CUUGAUGACAACUACAUCAUUUCCGGUGUAGUACAGCCCCUGUGACACGCAAGAGCGGAGGCGGAAGCGCGGGUUGCUUUGCAGCACACGAUGGAUUUGGAGUCAGACGCUAAUGUACAGAAGGAGUCUAGUACUGAAGAUAGCAGUGAUCAGGUUCAUUCACUGGAUGAUGCUUCUGCUGCAACGUGUGUUACUGGGGAAGAAACUGACUUAGCUUCCCUGAACAAGAUGGCAGAGGACAGAAUGCCAGAGAGUUCAGACGCCAAUAGCAUGGAGCUUGAAGAAGAUAUUCCAAACAUAUUCCAAAUAUAUGAAAUCCAGAGUAGUGACAGAAAGGAAAUUGUGUCAAUGGUUGAGUCAGAAAAAACAGAUGCUUUGGGCUCUGGAUUAGAGAGAGGAUAUGUGGAGAAAAAGGAAGACAAAGAAGAUGUUAUACCAGAUUUGGAAAAUGUGGAUCCUGUUAGGAACCCAUCUACAGAGUUAAUGGAUGCCUUGCAGAUGGACAGAGAAAAAAAUUCCGUUGUGCAGAAGUCAGACAGAAAGAUAGUGCAUGCUGUAUACAGACUAGGCAAAAAGACUUACAGAGAGAGUGGCUGUGAUUCUGGAGUCCGCACUCGGUGCAUAGCAAUUCAGACCGACAAAACAGAUGAAGAUGAUCCAGAGUUUGGAAUCCACAUUUCAGUUCAGACCGAUUCUGGAAGUGAUUCACAGACACAAACAGAGCUCUCUCAGUGCAUUUCAGUUCAAACAGACAGCCUUAAUGAGGAUGAGACUCUUUUUGGAAUCCUCAAUGAAUGCCCUGCAGUGCAGAUGGAUGAUGAGGGAAAUGAGAAUGAAUCACAUUUUGAUGCUGAGUGUGCUUCAGUUCAAGUAACUGAGGGUGAGGAUCACUCUGGGAUGUACAAUGAGUGCAUUUCAGUUCAGACAGACUUUGAAAAUAAGAGUGAACUGGCCUCUGGAAUCGACACUCACUGUAUUUCAGUUCAGACGGACCAUGAAAAUGAGACUAAAUCUAAUUCUGGUAUCCAGGCUCAAGAUGUUCCAGUUCAGACAGAUUACGAAACUCUAGAAUUUGGAAUCCAUGUUGCAAUUCAGACAGACUAUAGGAUGAAAGAUGCUGAAACCAGUACAGAGAAGAAUACAGAGCAAAUCUUGAAAGAACUUAUGAAUCAACGGGACCAACUGAAAGACAAUUACCAAGUGGUGCUGGACAGACAGACACAGACUGAGAGGCAGCUGCAGGUUCAAAUAAAACAGCUAAAACAACAAUGGGAAGAAGAGAUGCAGAAUCAUCAGGAGAUGUUAAAAUCUAUUCAAGAUAUAACACUUAGGAAGGAAGAAGCCAGGAAGAAGAUGGAUAAGGAGAGGAAGGACCAGUCCCAAAAAGAGCAGGAUCUUAGAGCAGACCUGGAGAGACUACAAAGCAAAAGUCAACAGUUACAACUGGAACACAAGGAACUGGAAAAUAAGAUUGUUACACUUUUGGCAGAGCAAACAAAGGAAAAGGAGCAGUGGGAUACAGAGUUGGACUUGUUAAAGAAGCUAGAUAAUGAAAUGAGGCAGAGUGCUUUGCAGGAGGCUAUACGUGCAUCAGAAGCUGAGGUGCUGUCAUUGGAAAGUAGAAGAGAUCUUUUACUCGCCUCACUAGAGGAAGCAGAGAAUGAGGCAGAGGUUACACUAUUCCGUCUUAGGGCUGCUCCCCGAACCUUAGAGUUGAUAAAGUUGGAGCAGAGAUGGGAUGGCAGACUUGAAGGAAUUCGACUGAUGAAGGCAAAUCUUCGGGAACAGUUUGGUGCUCAGAUUCAGCAGGUUAAGAAUGGUUCCAAGCUGAGUAGCCUGCAAUCUAUUUUGGCCCCCAAUCUACCUCCCCCACCGUCUGAUACCAGUCUCCUACUCCAUAAAAUUGCUGUGACUCCUCUUCAGGUGCCAAGCCAUUCUAUAUCCAUCUCAUCCAGUGAUACAUUUCGCCCACAGCCACAUGUUCCGCCAUCCUUUCUGCAACCUACUCCUCUUCUUUCUGGUGUUCCAGCAUCCUUUGCUGGGGCUGUUCCAGUAAUGGCAAGGGCUUCCAGUGCUGCUGAUCUCUCCGGUUCUUGUGAAGCUCCAGUCCCACCAAGUACAGAAAAAAUCAGCAAAAUAAUGGAAAAGCUGCAAGCUAGAUUCCCUCAGUGCAGCCAGCCUCAUCUGACAGGGAUCUUGCAGCAAAUUAAGUUGGCUCGCGGCACACUUUCUGGCCUCACUGUGGAGGAGCUAUGCAGUCAUGUAGCAUCACGACUAACAGAUGCACCAGAGGCAAGAUCCAGAGUGACUCUUCAACCUGGCAACUCCAGACCAAGCUAUCAAAACCCUCCUGGAGCACCCACAUAUCCACCCCAGUCUCAGGGCGCAUUCACUGGGCAGCCUCCUAUGGUUUCAGGUCCCCGUAAGUUGUGCCUUAUAUGUCAGAAGUUUGUGCAGCCCUCUGACGUGCAGCCUAUGUCUUGUAGUCAUGCCAUGCAUCGGGAGUGUAUAAGGUUUUGGGCACCAAAUAACCAGUUCAAUUGCUGUCCCUUCUGUCCAAGUCAGAGAUAAUAUUCGCUGUGUUAUCCAUGGGACUGCUUAUGUUUUCAGCUGCAGACUAACUUGAAAUGUAUAUAUAUUUGUCAAUAUAGAUUUUGUAAAAAAUAUUUUAUUUAGAUAUAUACUGGGUUGUGCUUAUUUCCCAAUUUGCAUUAUUAUUGCCUCAGUAUCUCACUCAGAAAGGUCUUUUUGUGUCUGCAUUGUUGGACAAAUUUGUAUGUCUGCCUCCAUGAAAAACCACUUUUGUCCUAGGCAGUUCUUUUACCUAUAUGAUUGUAUCUGUUUAUUACCAUUCCAUUUCCCCCUCAGAAUAAAUCAAAAUAAUCCUCGCA